CACUGUCUUUGGGAUCCCGGCACGCCUUCGCACAGACUCGUGGGAAAUGUAGUCGCGCCUACUGUGAUGUCACAAGGAGACGCGUUGGAAACCGCGCUUCCGGCCUGCACACGUGGAUCGUUCCCAGAGUUGGUCAAGAUUCGGGUCCUGCUCAGUACUUGGUGUGCAUCUCUGACAUGGAGAAACUGCUCUCAUUUAGAGAUGUGGCCAUUGAGUUUUCUGCAGAAGAGAGAGAAUACCUGGAGCUUGCUCAGUGGAAUUUGUACAGGGAUGUGAUGUUGGAGAAUUACAGCAACCUUGUGUUCCUGGGUCUUGCUUUCUCUAAGCCAUACUUGGUCACAUUUCUGGAACAAAGAAAAGAGCCUUGGAGUGUGAAGAGACAUGCAAAAGUAGGCGCACACGCAGGAUCAAAAUCCUAUAAAUGUAAAGAAUGUGGGAAAACCUUUGAUUGGAAACCGCUGCUUAUAAAACACCAGAGUAUUCAUACAGGAGGGAAACCCUACAUAUGUAAAGAAUGUGAUAAAGGUUUUAACUAUUCUUUCAACCUUAAAAAGCACCAAAGAAUUCAUACUGGAGAGAAACCCUACAAGUGUGAAGUAUGUGGUAAAGCUUUUCUCUGUUCUUCAUAUCUGCGUAAGCAUCAAAGAAUCCAUACUGGAGAGAAACCCUACAAGUGUGAAGAAUGUGGCAAAGCUUUUACUAGUGGUUCAGGCCUUGUUGUUCACCGAAGAGUUCACACUGGAGAGAAACCCUAUGAAUGUGAAGAGUGCGGCAAGGCCUUUACUAUUCGCAUAGCACUCUCUAAACAUCAAAGAAUUCAUACUGGAGAGAAACCGUACAAAUGUGAUGAAUGUGGAAAGACUUUUAAUGUUCACUCAACACUUUCUAAACACCAGAGAAUUCACACUGGAGAGAAACCCUACAAAUGCGAAGAAUGCGGCAUGGCCUUUAACGUUCGAUGCAUACUUUCUAAACACCAGAGGAUCCAUACUGGAGAGAAACCCUACAAAUGUCAAGAGUGUGGCAAAGCCUUUAUCUGUUCUUCCAGCCUUCACCAACACCAACGAAUACAUACUGGAGAGAAACCCUACAAAUGUGAUGAAUGUGGCCAGGCCUUCACUUUGGCUUCAUACCUGCGUAAGCAUAGGAGAAUCCAUAUUGGUGAGAAACCCUACACAUGCAAGGAAUGUGGCAAAGCAUUUUACUGUUCAUUCAGUCUUAUUUACCAUCAGAGAGUUCAUAUUGGAGAGAACCCAUAUAAGUGUGAUGAAUGUGGAAAAGCCUUUAGCAUUUAUUCAUCCUAUAUGAAUCACCAGCGAAUUCAUAGUGGAGAAAAACCCUACAAAUGCAAUGAAUGUGAGAAAUCCUUUAAUAACCGUCAUAAUCUAACUCGACACCAAAAAGUUCAUACUGGAGAGAAAGCCUACAAAUGCAAAGAAUGUGGCAAAGCCUUCACUUGUACUACAGACCUUACUCAACAUGAGAAAAUUCACACUGGGGAGAAACCCUACACAUGUGAAGAAUGCGGUAAGGCCUUUAACUCUUCUUCAAACCUUAAACGUCAUUGCAGACUUCAUAGUGGAGAGAAGCCCUCCCAAUGUGAACAACAUGGCAACACUCUUGAAAAUUGUUCAGGAUUUACUAGACACAACAGACGUCCUACUAGAAACAAUCCAGUUUAAUGCAAACACUGUUGCAAAGCCUUCAAUAAUGUUCACCUAUAACUCAAUACAGUAAGAAUAAUUCAAUACGAUAGAAUUGCAAGGAAUUUACUAAUAAUUCAACCCUUCUUCAUCACCAUCAAUUUAGUACUGGAGAGAUCUUGUAAAAGCAAAGGAAGGAGUCUCAACUGUUGGAUAAUAUUUUAUACACAUGAUCAAAAAUGCACAUAUGAGAGAAAUCCUACAAAUUCAAAUAACACAAGAAAUCCUUUAUUCUUCACAACACAAUCAACAGAAGUAUUGUUGAGAAACCCUUCCCAAUACAAUGUGGCUACCUUUAAGUGAAGCCAGAUCUUCAUUAACUCUGAGUGAAUUCACAGACACUACACAUGUACAUAGGAAGAUAAUUUUCAAACAUAUAAACUUGAAAAGAGAAAAUUUGUUGUAGUAGAAAUCACUGUGUAAAUAGUGUAGCAAUCCUUACCUGAUCACUUACAUAUAAAGAAAUAUAUGGAUGUUAUUGGAGACAAACCCUGUGAAUUGUUUUGGCUAUGUUGGUUAGUUUAUGUUAACUUGACACAAACUAGAGAUAUCUGGGAAGAAGGAACCUAUAUUGGAGAAUUGCCUGCCAGCCUGUGGGCAUGUUUUGGGAGUAUUUUCUUGAUUAAUGAUUGAUGUGGGAGGGCCUCUUUCCCAGGGGGUGGUGCCACCCCUAAGAAUGUGGUCCCUGGAUUGUAUAAGAAUGCAAGCUGAGGGUCUGGAGAGAUGACUCAGUGGUUAACAUCACUCUUUGUUCUUGCAGAGGAUCCAAGUUCAGUUCCCAGCACCUACAUGUGGCUCCCAACCAUUCAUAACUCCAGUUCCAGAGCAUCUAACAUGUUUUUCUGAUUACCAUAGGCACCAGGAAUGCAUCUGGUGCACAUCAUACAUGCAGGCAAAACACGCAAAUAUAUAAAAUAAAUGAACCUAAAAAAUAAUUAAGAAAAGAAACAGAGAGAGUAAGGAAGAAAGGAAGGGAGGGAGGGAGGAAGGAAGGAAGGAAGGAAGGAAGGAAGGAAGGAAGGAAGGAAGGAAGGAAGAGAAAGCAGAGUAGGCCAUGGAAAAGCCAGUAAAUAGUGUUUUACUACGGUCCAUACUUCAGGUCCUUCCUCCAGAUUCCUUCUUAAGUUCCUGCCUUGACUUCCCUUGGUGAUGUAACCCGUGAGCUGAAAUAAACCCUUUCUUCCCCAAGUUGCUUUUGGUCCGUGUUUUUUCACAGCAACAGAAAGUAAACUAGGACAGAGAUUAGGAUCAUAGGAUAUUCCUGUGAUGGACCUGGCCACCUUCCUGGAAAGGAUUCCCUAAUCCACGGUAGGAUUAUGGAAACAGUUGGAGCUUUCAGCUGGAAAGGCCAUUAAGUACUCAGCUAACUGGGAUGUUAAAGGAGCUUGGAAAAUAGGACCGAGAGAGGUGCAGACAAUAGAAAUCUAGCUUGUAAAGUUUCAGAGAAAAGCAAAGAGUAUAACAACUUGAAUUAGGUCUUCAAAUUAAAUGUGGUUAGUUCUGUUUUUCCACUGUUUUUAGGGCUGUCUGUGUGGUAUAUUUAAUUUAUGAAUCUGUGAUUUCUGUUGAGCUGGGUCUGAAGAAACAGCUUAAAAAAAAAAAAAAAAAAAAAAGACCAGAACCACUGAAGUAAAAUCUUUGGUUAUUGAGACAAUUGAUGCUCAUUAGCUGGGGCUGUGAUUUGUAAGAGACAGGCAUCAAGUUAAAAUCUUCUGCAAAGUUAUUUCCUCAGUAUCAGCCUCCAGGAUUUAUAGUCCAAAUGGGGCCAAGGCUGCAUCUCAAGCUGGCAUCCAAACUUGCUAAUGUGUAAAAGUCUCCCAUGUGGUGCUGAUUUUGUUGGCCAGAAAACUGCAGGACUUAAGAGGUCAUAGAAAGCAGUUGAUUCUUGGCACUAUGUGAGACCAUAGUGAAGAGGCUAUUGGUGAAGAUGCACCCUCAAUUGUAGUUGAAAUCCCCAGAUUACAAGUCUCAUGUAGAAAAACUGAGGCUUGGUGAUAUGUGGCAUCAUUGUAGUUCCUGAAAAAGCCAGCAAAGUACAUUGCUGAAGGGGCUGGAUUAGUUUUAUAUUGGAGAUUCCAGAAUUGGAGAUGCCAACACCAAGGACAGCAGCAUAUGUAGAGUGGAGUAGGCCUGAGCCUGUGGGACAAGCUUAUGUUUCCAGAUGCCAUAGCAGGAUGAAUGGGGCUGUAGCCCUUCAAAUCCAGAAGAUCAUGAGCAAAUCCUAGACACUGGACACUGAAUAUUUACACUGCUGGACUUUGGUUUCAUUGAAAUUGUAUCCUGAUUCUUCCCUCUUGAAAUAAGAAAGCAUGAAUUUAUUUUGAAUUUAAUAGGAAGGAUUUUAUUGAUUUUACAGUUAAGAGACUUCAGAUUUGUAAGGAGACCUUGGACUUUGUUUGAAUUUGUUUAAAGACUACAAGGCGUUUAAAAUUAUACUAUGUUUUAUAUUAUGAUAGUAACAUGAGAUCUUGGGAAUAAACCACAAAGGAAAGGUUAUACUUUAAUGGCAAUGUGUCAAGUUGACAAAGAAUCAAUUGUGCUGUUGAGUUUCUUUUUAUCAUUGUGACAUAAACUAGAGCCACCUGAGAAGAGCAGACCUCAACUGAGGAAUUGUUUCCAUCAGAGUGGCCUAUAAGUAUGUCUUUGGAGCAUUUUCUUGAUUAAUGACUAAUUUGGGAAGGUCAAGUCCACUGUGAAUGGGACCAACCCUGGGCAGGUGGUCGAGGGCUAUAUAAGAAAGCAAACUGAGCAAGCCAUGGUAAAAGCCAGCAAACAGCAUUCCUCCAUGGCCUCCACUUCAUGUCCUCAGGUUGCUGCCUUGAAUUCCUGCGUAGGUUUCCCUCAUGAUGAAACUGUAGCCUGUCAGUUGAAAUAAACCCUUUCCUCCCCAAGUUGCUUUUGGUUCAUGUAUUAACACAGCAACCAAAGGUAAACUGGGAUAUUAGCAAGGCAUGAAAAUAUUGCUUGUAUUUUAUAAGAUAUUGUUGUUUGGUAUGACUGAAACACUUACUACAGAUAUCAGAAUCAUGCAGAUGUCUCAAGUCUGAGUGUAUCAAUUCAUUAUAAAACCACAUUAUUACAUUGGCUCAAUUGUGAACUAAUGGUUGUAGAUCAAGGUGUGAGUUCUCAGCUGUUCCUUUGUUUUGCCAUCAUGGAAUCUAAACCUCUGAAAAUGUAAGCCAAAUUGAAUAUUUUUUUAAUAAGUUGUCUUGAUUUCAAUAUUUUGAUACAGCAACAGAAAAGCAAUUAAGACAGAAGUUAGUACCAGAGACUGGGCUAUUUAUGUGAUAGGUCUGACCAUGCUGUUUUUGGUAGAAGAUUUUGGGACUUUGGGCUAGGAAAGCAGUUGAAUUCUGUAAACAGUAAUUAAUAGAUCAUGCAAGUAGGAGCUUGCAAGACAAUAGUGCUGAGAACAAUUGGACUAUGGAGGCCAAACUCAAAACCUUUCAGGGAAGAACAAUAUUAGUAACUGAGCUACAGACCAUUCUUGUGAUAUUUUGGCAAAGAAUGUGGCUGCUUUCUGCCCUUGUCCUAAGAAUCUGCCUUAGGCAGAAUUGAAAAGUAAUGGACUAAUUUCUUUGGUGGAGAAGAUUUUAAGAGAGCUUAACAAAACCUAUUGGCGUCCAGCUCCUGGAUAGCCUUCUCCCAGAGCUCCAGAAGAGAUGCUAUCAGCGGUGGAUUAAUCUGAGGGAUCCUCUAAUAAAUCUACUUACACAAAACUCUUUAGUCCAUUCACUUUAUUCUUCUAGUCAUUCUCUCUAUAUACCGCUUGUAUUCUGCUCUCAUGCCUAGCUCCUUUCUUGCCAGAUUUCCCUAUACAUUUAUCUGCUGUACUCCCUAAAUGCUAUAUUAAUUCCUUCAUCUUAGUUUUGCCCCAUCUUGGUCUUUCUCAUCUCAUUCUUACCCACCUAGUUCUUCCUCAUCUGGCUCUUCCUCAUCUUCCACCUCAUCCUUCUAGUUCAUCUAAUUUUUACAAUAAAUAUUGCACUCAAGUCUCUGAGGUUUACAGUUAGAUACCCAUGCAAUACCAAUGCUCUGGCUAAGGCAAGGUCACCAGGCUUUAAUUCCCUCAGGGUCAAAAGGAGGGGCAAUAAGAUCCACACAAAAGAUUAGUAAUUGUCAGCUAUCAUCUGCAACCCAAAAGGGAAGUAACUAAUUGGGAAAUGAAUCAACUAAGGGAUAAAUUUGGUUAAUAUCUAAACAAAGGGUGUUUAUGUGUUCAAACUGUAUUCUUAGAAGUGUUUAGUUGAAAUGUUAAGAACUUUUAAAACGUGUAAGUCACUAGGUCAUGAGUGAAAAUAAAACUGCCUUCUAUUUU